AUGACGUUAAACCUGUUCCGGUUUCAAAAUGUGGACAUUCCCGAUCACAUCAGGUAUCUCAGCGCACAGAUCCGAGGGCCUGCAACCACAAGUGGCUAUGUCCAACAUCCUAAUGUGUAUGAAAACCUACUGUACGUGUAUAAGAAAGAGAGAAUGAGAAAUAGAGGAAAGAAAGAAAGAGAGAAUGAGAAAGAGCAACAACAACAACAAAACCCAGAGAAGAGCAGAGAACAGAACAGAACAGAACAGAGAAGAGCAGAGCAGGGUAGAAUAAAGAGGAGUAGAACAGAACAGAGCAGAGGACAGCAGAACAGAGAAGAACAGAUAAGAGCAGAGCAGAGCAGAGCAGAGCAGAGCAGAACAGAACAGAGCAGACAAGAGAUGAGCAGAACAGAGAAGAGAAGGGCAGAACAGAGCAGAGCAGAACAGAACAGAAGAGAAGGGCAGAACAGAGCAGAACAGAACAGAAGAGAAGGGCAGAACAGAGCAGAGCAGAACAGAACAGAAGAGAAGGGCAGAACAGAGAAGAACAGAACAGAACAGAAGGGCAGAACAGAGCAGAGCAGAGUAAAACAGAAGAGAAGAGAAGGGCAGAACAGAGCAGAGCAGAACAAAAAAGAAGAGAAGUGCAGAACAGAACAAAGAGCAGGGCAGAACAGAACAAAGCAGAACAGAGCAGAGAAGGGCAGAACAGAGCAGGGAAGCGCAGAGCAGAACGCAGCAGAGACGAAAAUAGUAGAAACGAGAAGAGCAGAACAGAGAAGAGAAGAGAAGAGUAGUAGUAGAGAAGAGGAAGAGAAAAGCAGUGCAGAGAAAGGCAGAACAGAUCAGAGAAGAGCAGAGCAGAGCAGAGCGGAGCAGAGCAGAGCAGCAGAGAAGAGAAGAGAAGAUCUGAGCAGAGCUGAGACGAAAAGAGCAAAACAGAGAAGAGCAGAGAAGAGAAGAACAGAGAAGAGCAGAGCAGCAGAGAAGAGAAGAGAAGAGCAGAGCAGAGCUGAGACGAGAAGAACAGAACAGAGAAGAAAGAGCAGAACAGAAAAGAGCAGAGAAGAGAAGAACAGAGAAGAGCAGAGCAGAGCAGAGCAGAGCAGCAGAGAAGAGAAGAGAAGAUCUGAGCAGAGCUGAGACGAGAAGAGUAGAACAGAGAAGAGCAGAGAAGAGAAGAACAGAGAAGAGCAGAGCAGCAGAGAAGAGAAGAUCUGAGCAGAGCUGAGACGAGAAGAGCAGAACAGAGAAGAGCAGAGAAGAGCAGAGCAGAAGAAAAGAGAAUAUCAGAGCAGAGCUGAGACGAGAAGAGCAGAACAGAGAAGAGUAGAGAAGAGAAGAACAGAGAAGAUCAGAGACGAACAUAGCAGAGCAGAACACUGGAGAGCAGAACAAAGCAGAGAAGAGCAGAGCAGAGAAGAACAGAGAAGAGAAGAGCAGGGCGUAAAAGAGAAGAGCAGAACUGAACAGUCCAGAGAAGAGAAAAACAGAGAAGAGAAGGGCAGAACACAGAAGGGCAUAACGGAACACGGUAGGGCAGACAAGAGAAGAGCAGACCAGAACAGAGCAGAUAAGGGAAUAGCAGAACAGAGCAGAGAAGAGAAGAGAAGAGCAGGAUAG